GUGUGAUGCGCUCUGUGCGGUGGUGAAGGCUGGAGAUAAGCGCUUUAACAUGAAGAGCAGAUAAACAUAAAAAAGAACCGAAAUACGUGCUAUUUCCACAUAAAGUCGGUGACAAAACAACGAAUGUGAAAAUAUUUCAGCUGCCGGCUCUUCAGGCUAUCCUGAGACGUCACGAAAAAUACGCCGGCACGGGAGCUUAACUUGUUUUCCCGGGGUCGAGCUUUACAGUACGACUGCUCCGAGAAAAGAGGGUUUUUAUAUUCCGAAGUGAGAGGCAAAUAAGAUAUAAGUCGUUGGGGGGCGAAUUGAAUCGCUAUGACGGACGGAAGGAGGCGGUGGGCCUGCUCGCGCUUCGGCCGCGGUCUGUCCGGCGGAGCUCCCCCCGGAGCGCCGCCGCUGCAGCACCGAAACGCCUUGCUUAUCUCCGCGCUUCUCUUCUUUUUCGGACCCAUGUCUUCCACCGAGGCCAAGGAAUGCGACAAGCCGUGUCUGAACGGCCAGUGCAACCCGGGUGGCGGCAACUGCGUGUGUGAACCCGGCUGGGUCGGGGACCAGUGCCAGCACUGCGGGGGACGCUUCAGGUUGACGGGCCCAUCUGGGUUUCUGACUGAUGGGCCGGGGAACUACAAGUACAAGACCAAGUGCACGUGGCUGAUCGAGGGACAGCCCAACACCAUCCUCAGACUGCGCUUCAACCACUUUGCCACAGAAUGCAGCUGGGAUCACCUCUAUGUGUAUGAUGGGGACUCCAUCUACGCCCCUCUGCUGGCCGCCUUCAGCGGCCUGAUCGUGCCGGAGCGCUAUUCCAACGAGACUCUCCCGGAGGUAGUUUCCCAAUCCGGCUACGCCCUGCUGCACUUCUUCAGCGAUGCAGCCUACAAUCUCACUGGCUUCAACAUCUCUUACAGAAUCAACACCUGCCCCAACAACUGCUCAGACCGGGGGGAGUGCCGGCUGGCUAACGGCAGCGUGGGCGUGUACUGCGAGUGCGCCGAGCAGUGGAAGGGCGAGGCCUGCGACAUCCCCUCUUGCCUGGGCCAGUGUGGCCUCCCGGAGCGUGGCGAGUGCCAGGCCAAUAGCAGCCGCCGCUGUCUCUGCCACCCCAGAUGGCAAGGUCCCGAUUGUUCCAUCCCUGUGCCCGCUAAUCGCUCCUUCUGGACCCAUGAGGACUAUUCCGGAGACAGCUUGGCCCGCGCCUCCCACAAGGCCGUGGUCGAUAAGGACAUCAUGUGGGUCAUUGGCGGAUACGUGUUCAACUACUCAGACUACAAAAUGGUUAAAGCGUACAACUUGACCUCCCAGUUGUGGUUGACUCUUAACCGCUCCGUGGAUGCAGUGACAGCACGCUAUGGCCAUUCCCUAGCUCUGCACGAGCACAAGAUCUACAUGUAUGGAGGCAAGAUAGACUCCACGGGCAACAUCACCAACCAGCUGUGGGUCUUCCAUAUCCAUAACCAGUCCUGGGUGCUAGCCAGUCCACGAGCCAAGGAGCAGUAUGCUGUAGUGGGUCAGUCGGCCCACGUGGUGCAGCUGGCCCAGGACAGCACAGUCAUGCUGGUCAUCUUCGGUCACUGCCCUCUCUACGGCUACAUCAGCAAGGUGCAGGAGUACAACAUUGCCACCAACACCUGGAGCAUCCUGAAGACCAACGGGGCACUAGUGCAGGGAGGAUACGGCCACAGUAGCGUAUACGACCCCAAGACCCGCGCCAUCUACAUCCAUGGUGGCUACAAGGCCUUCAGUGCCAACAAGUACGGGCUGGCUGACGACCUGUACAAGUACGAAGUGGACACCAGGAUGUGGACCAUCCUGAAAGACAGCGGCUUCUUCCGCUACCUGCACACAGCCAUCAUCGUGAGCGGCACCAUGCUGGUGUUUGGCGGGAACACACACAAUGACACAUCCAUGAGCCAUGGGGCCAAGUGCUUCUCCUCCGACUUCAUGGCCUACGACCUGGCUUGUGAUGAAUGGUCAGUACUGCCUCGACCAGACCUCUACCAUGAUGUCAACCGCUUUGGUCACUCUGCGGUCUACAACAAUGGCAUCAUGUACAUCUUUGGGGGCUUUAACAGCCUGCUGCUGAGCGACGUGCUCACGUUCACCCCGGCCAGCUGCUUCGCCUUCUCCAGUGAGACGUCCUGCGGCUCUGCCUGGCCAGGAAUCCGAUGCCUGUGGAACAGCAGCCUGGGCACCUGUCUGCCCUGGGAGGCUGCCAGCCCUCACCAGGAGCGUCUGGUGCUAGCCUCCUGUCCCCGCAAAGCAUAUGCCGACAACGAGAAGUGUGACUCAUACACAGACUGCUACAGCUGCACGGCUAACACCAACGGCUGCCAGUGGUGUGCUGACCAGUGCAUCUCCAUGAGCAGUAACUGCACUACUGUCACGGGCGUGAUUGCGGAGUAUGAGAUGUGCCCCAAAGACAACCCUGAGUAUGUCUGCAACAAGAAGACAAGCUGUAAGAGCUGCGCCAUGGACCAGAACUGCCAGUGGGAACCUCGCAACCAGGAGUGCAUCGCCUUGCCCGAGAACAUCUGUGGGGAGAGCUGGCACUUGGUCGGAAACUCCUGUCUGAAGUUCAUCACGGCGAAGGACUCGUACGACAACGCCAAGCUGACCUGCCGCAGCCAUAACGCCGUCCUGGCCUCCCUCACCACACAGAAGAAGGUGGAGUUUGUGCUGAAGGAAUUGCAGAUCAUGACCGUCCUGUACAAGGCCACGGUGACUCCCUGGGUGGGUCUGAGGAAGAUAAACAUCUCGUAUUGGUGCUGGGAGGACAUGUCUCCCUUCACGAACACGUCCCUGCAGUGGCUGCCUGGCGAGCCCAGUGACGCUGGCUUCUGCGGCUACCUGGCCGAGCCAGCCUCCAGCGGCCUCAAGGCUGCCACCUGCGUCAACUCCGUGAACGGCAGCCUGUGCGAGCGUCCAGCCAAUCACAGUGCCAAACAGUGCCGCACGCCUUGCGCCCUGCGCACCACUUGCAGCGAGUGCACCAGCAGCAGCUCCGAGUGCAUGUGGUGCAGUAACAUGCGCCAGUGCGUGGACUCCAAUGCCUACGUGGCCUCCUUCCCCUUUGGACAGUGCAUGGAGUGGUACACCAUGAACAGCUGCCCACCGGAAAACUGCUCUGGCUAUCGGACCUGCGGCCAGUGUCUGGACCAGCCGGGCUGCGGGUGGUGCACCGACCCCAGCAACACGGGGAGGGGCCAGUGCAUCGAGGGCUCGUCUCGUGGGCCCGUGCAAACUCCCAGCCCCACCGCUUACCAGGAGCCAGCCCUCAACCUCACCAUGUGCCUGCAUGAGAACAGGUUCAAUUGGUCCUUCAUCCAUUGCCCUGUGUGUCAGUGCAACGGACACAGCAGGUGUGUCAACGAGAGUGUGUGUGAGAAGUGCGAGGACUUAACCACAGGGAAGCACUGCGAAAGCUGUAUCUCCGGUUACUAUGGCGACCCCACCAACGGCGGCACCUGCCAACCCUGCAAGUGUAACGGACAUGCCAGCAUGUGUAACCCCAGCAAUGGGAAGUGUUUCUGCACUACAAAAGGCAUCAAAGGAGACCGCUGCCACUUGUGCGAGGUAGAGAACCGCUACCAGGGUAACCCGCUUAAAGGGACAUGCUACUAUACCCUGCUCAUUGACUACCAGUUCACCUUCAGCCUGUCACAAGAAGAUGACCGCUACUACACUGCCAUCAACUUUGUUGCCACACCUGAGGAGCAAAAUCGGGACCUAGACAUGUUCAUCAAUGCUUCAAAGAAUUUCAACCUAAACAUUACUUGGGCCACCAGUUUUGCAGCGGGAACCCAAGCUGGAGAAGAGAUCCCCAUUGUGUCUAGGAGUAACAUCAAGGAGUUCAAGGACAGUUUCUCCAAUGAGAAGUUCGACUUUCGCAACAAUCCAAACAUCACAUUCUUUGUAUAUGUCAGCAACUUUACUUGGCCAAUAAAGAUACAGAUCGCCUUCUCCCAGCACAGUAACUUCAUGGACCUAGUACAGUUCUUUGUCACCUUCUUCAGCUGCUUCCUGUCCCUGCUGCUGGUGGCCGCCGUGGUGUGGAAGAUCAAGCAGAGCUGCUGGGCGUCGCGCCGCAGAGAGCAACUCCUGCGCGAGAUGCAGCAGAUGGCCAGCCGGCCCUUUGCCACCAUCAACGUCGCCUUGGAAACAGACGAGGAACCACCUGACCUUAUCGGAGGCAGUAUUAAGACGGUGCCCAAGCCCAUCGCCAUGGAACCCUGCUUCGGCAACAGAGCGGCCGUGCUGUCCAUCUUUGUACGGCUGCCCAGGGGCUCUGGGGGCAUCCCACCUCCGGGACAGUCAGGGCUGGCGGUGGCCAGCUCGCUGGUGGACGUGUCCCAGCAGAUGUGCGUCGCCUAUAAGGAGAAGUCUGGGGCCGUGCGGAAUCGCAAGCACCAGCCCCCGGCGCAGCCGGCCACCUGUAUCUGAUCCCAUGCACCCGGCCGAGUCGCGAGCCAAGGACUGGGGAGGGGCCCGGGGAUCCGUGGGGGAAGACACGCACUUCCGGGGGAGGAGCCCGAGGAAGGACUCGGCAGGGGCGGACAUCGCAGAACUCAGUCCUGGCAAUAACCGACCUCAAGUGGGGAGCCGCGAUUUCAUCCCCAGCCGACGGACGAUAGAGAUGCUCUCUCAGAGACGAGGGCAAGAUGGAGGAGUGGAAUGGCUGCCAUGGGGAGGACGCUUGACACCUGCACCCCUCCCGCUCUCUUCUUCCCUUCAUCACCCUACAGCUGCUGUUUUCCCAUCCAGUCAUUAUAUCUAAAUUUUCUUUUAUAUGGUUUUUAGACAUGACGUGUCUGAUUUCUGAUGUCCCAUGUACCAGAAGGGAGCCCUGUACACAGUCACUGAUUUGAGUUCAUUAUGGAAGACGAUGCACAGUGUAGCAACUCCUUGCAGCGCAGGGGGGGAGGGGGGGUUCCUUCUGUAUUGCACAUGAACCCCAAGGCAAGGCCUGUCUUACAGACUCCUGAGCCUUUAUUUGCCCAUCAAGCUUUGAGACCAUUUAUCACUGAUUUGUCUCCUUUCUGCGAUAUGCUGAGGACAAAAGAGAAGAAACUACUGAUGUAACCGUAGACCGUGAGCUUGUUUUUGUGGCAAUUUACGGUCUGCAAAUGGGCAUUUCACUUUGUCUGCUCACAUAAUUCUUUACCAGCAUAAGCUAAUGGAUAAGUUUGUUUUCUCUGAAUCCCACAGGUGAUUGGGUGGCUCUUGUUCCCUGUCUUAUGAUGAAGAUUAGACAGUGGGGUCAGGGCCGUACUAUGUGGGAUUGGCCAUAAGUGAUCGGUGAUGAUGAGGGUAACGCAGGGAAAGGGAGAUUACAUUUCAGGUGUCCCGGAACACAUUUCGCCCUGAUGUGUGAACACACAGCUAUGGGGCAGCCUGUCUUCUUUAAUCCGAAAUGUGUUUGUUAAGCGGCUUCUGUUGUAUUAGUCAAAUUUUGCUUUUAACCAUCUUAGUACAGAAGGGGGAAAUGAUGAUGUCAUGUCAGCCACGUCUGGAAUUGGGGGGUCGGGUCCCAUGAUCGCUGCAUGGGGGGGCGAUAAUGUUACAGGAGAUAUUCCUGAAGGGGUGAGGUAUCCUUUCCUAGGUGAUGGGGGUCAAUCAGUGAAGAACCCACAAGCAUGACUAUACUGAGAGCCCCUUUAUUUCGAGAAGCGUUUGCUUUUAUAUCUGGGAUUGUUGUCUCCCAAUCGGGAGUCACAGCCCAUUUUAAUGAGUUUUACCUCAGUCAGAACAGGCUGGGGGGGAAAUAAAAUUGAUGUGUUUAUUCUUCUGUUUCCAGACAGUCUUUUAGGUUCCAAGACGACUGCCGCUAGUUAUAAAACUUUUAAAUUGUCAGCAACAAUUUGCUCGAAGGAGAAAAUUGAGACUACUGAGGAGGGAAGAACUGAAAAAAAAAUGUUUUUGUGUUUUGUUCCUUCUGUGUUUGAACACAUGCUUUGUCCUUUGGAAUGUGCAGCUUAUCCGAAUAGUACAGUGGCUCAGUAUUACAUCACUCUAAGCUUUUGCCAUUCUGUUCCAUCAAAUGGAGUCCUUUCAAAACAAGGGAGCCACCCCCCCCCCCCCCCCCCCCAAAAAAAAAAAAAAAAAAUGCACAAAUCACAUGUAUAUGUUUUAAUGAAAAAAUCCUCCCCAGUACACACUUAUGCUGCUGACCCAGUGAGGUCACGUGACGCUGGCUGUCAGCGCGCUUCGUAUCGCUCGUACACAGGACACACGAGACCGAUGACUCGCAGCUUAGCGGGACACCUGAACAGGCACGGCCAAUGCUUUUAACGCAUGCCGCACAGAUGCUGUUUUGUAUGUUUCUGUGCUAAAUAGAGCAGUUGUGCUUGUAUUUUAGACAAAGGUAUGCCUUUGUCUGUGUAGUCACCUUCAUGUCCACCCACCCAAAGGGGCUCCCACCCCCAGAGCUUGAUUCGUCACUCACGUUUAUCUUCCCUUGGACUCCAUAGCACCUCUCGUCUCUCCCCUCCCAGCGAAACGCCACUGUAGACGUGGGAGACGUAGUUUGUCAAUAUGUAAACAAACAAAAAAAUUAGCAUCGAUUGCACUCUUCUCUUUUUUUGUAAAUAUGGAGAAAGUAUUGUAAACUAUUUCUUUGCCAUGGGGAAAAUGUUGAGAAGGAGAUGAGCAUAUGCUCAAAGAACGUCUGUUUGGUUAAAAACGGAGUCAAUAAUUUUUGUAUUGUAAAAUAACUUAUUUAAACAAGCUUAGGCAUGGAUGACAGCAUAAUGUAAAGGACAGGUUUAACAAAAACCAUGUCACUACAUGGAAAUCUAUGAAUGUUAUAGAAUUUUUGAUCUGUAAUAAAUUGCUAAAAAUCCAAAUUGUAUAUAUUUUUAUUUUAUGUUUAACUCCCUUUGUUUAGCACUGGAUCAGUUUCUCACGAACUCAAAAGCUGAUAAUCAAAAAAAUAUAUAUAUAUACACAUUGAUGUUUAGCAACCAGAAGCUAAAUAUAGAAUGAAGCACUAUAUCUAGUGCCUGGUUUUAGCUUUGAUACUGUCUACUAUACUAGAGGUAUUGUUAUGUAAGCUAAAGAUUUAUUCCAGUUUUGUAAUACUUUUCAGUUUCAUUUGGUUUAAUAUUCCUCGAGAUAUUAGAGAUGAAAUUAUGGAAUGAAAAAACAAAUAAUUAAAUGCAAUAAUGAUUACAGCUGUAAUAGUUUUUUGACUUUUUGAUUGUCAGUUGGUAAUGCAAUAGCAUACGUAAUAAAAUGGGCCAUAUUACUGUCAUGCAAAUAUAACAUGAUCCAAAUUCUUUGAGAACA